AUGGUAAGUAAAACAAGACUAUUAAUGGAUUCUUAAAUGUAUACCCCAGUAUAUCAUAAAAUAUUCAAACUGUUUUCUUUUUCUAAACAAAAGCCUGAUUUUUAGGAGAUCGGCACAACGGGGCACCACACAUGUCACUUACAGAAGGUCUGUGUUUCUUCUUUUUUAAAAACAGUCAUCAGUUCACACAAAACAGUCUGUGCCUCAUUGUUUUAGAAGCAAUCUUACCUGUUUCUCACAUAGUAACAUUUAAAUGUAUAUUUCUCUUUGUUUCUACAGGAUCACAAAGCUAUAUUGGGCAAACUACACCUCUAAAAAACACAAGGGUCAAUAAGUUGUCCAGAAAAACCUACAGAAGCGGGUGCAAUAAGACCAAGCCAUACGCUAGGCCUGAGACAGAGUACGCAGCGUGUCAAGAACCGGGACCAUCCAGAAUAACGCAGAACAAUGUUGAUCACACAACCCCUUACCACUAUGAACCCCAUGAAGACCCCUUGAUGUUUUUGGAAUAUUUACGCGAUAUCGAACUCCCAGAACAACAACAACCAGAAAACCCACAACCUUUUGGCAACAACAGUGACUCGGAAGCAAUCUUCAUCACAGGACCACACAUACCAGCGAGUGAGUGUCUGCCUAGUGAUUUCAGCGAUGUUUUUGAGUACAGUCUAUCAGAUUUUAAUAUAAAUGACAUACCCACCAUGCCAGAACGUCUCAGAAACAACAACAGUGAUUCAGACAUUGGUUUUGAAGAAUGUUGCAUAACAGACUCGCAAAUAUCACAGGCAUAUGACGCAUACUUAAAUGCAGCAGCAAACACCUCUACUUUUGAACAGAGCCAUUAUGCUUCAAAAAAUGAUAUAUUAUCUUUGAUAGAUGCUAAACUCAGUCAACAUCAACAAACAGUACAGAGGGAUGUUCAAGAAAUAGCAGCUAAACUCAUGCAAGAAAUAGCAGCUAAACUUAACGAACAUAAACAAGCAGUACAAGUGAACUUGCAAGAAAUAGCGGCUAUAGUCAACCAACAUCAAGAAGCAGUACCGGGGAACUUGCAAGAAAUACCGGGAGUUUUAACUAGUAUCCACCAGACAAUAAACAAUACCUCGGGUGUAUUACAUCUCAUAAAUACCACCAUUCUAAAUAGGUGACUUAAAAUCCACACCAUGGAUCCACCCCGUAAAUUAUUCAAACACAAUGAUGGUACCUCCAAUCGAGCUAAAUGGUUUGACUUUGACGCUUUUAACCAUGCGGCUGCACAAUUAGUAAGCAAUUGUCAAGUCUUGCAUGCAACACUUAAUAGUCUCGCUGCAGCAUGUAGCGGUGUGUCUAAUGAGCCCGCCUGUCCAACUCAUUCUGAACCCGUUGCUGAUGAUGCUGUUGAUCAACCAGCCGAAACACAUUCGGAUUUGCCUGUAGCCACUGGUGUUACUGUUGCAGGGACUGUUGUUACUCAAGCUGCCGCUGAUUGCCUUAUUACCGGGGCUUCUGUCACGCCUGAUAGGGUCUGUGCACCUAGCGCACAUGCUCAUCUGGCUGCUGACACUACUGCAGAUACUGAGGCUGCUGUUGUUGAGACAUCACCACACAGCCCCUCAAACAAUGGAAAUACCUUAAGUGUUAUCCAUUCACAAACAGGUGCUGCAGCUGUCGGACCCCUUGUUCAGUCUGGGUCUGGCAGUCACAGUCAGCUUAGCAUCAGAGAGAUACCUAAUUUCAACGCCCGAGAACUGCGCGAGCACCUUGAUUUUAGGGACAUAAGUCUCGAUGAUCCAGAACAAGUGCCAGAAAGAGUUAGAAGUUGCUUAGCUAAUGUGAUAGAUAGAGCAGUGGCUGGAUCUCAGCAGGGUUGUGUUCUAAAUGUGGUCCUACGUGGUCCCUCACUGGCUUCUGAUGUUCAAGCUGUUUUAAAUCCUGAUAAUCAGUCUGAUCCUGACCUGUUUCUCGAACAACUAGUACAAGUUAUGCAAAGUAACGAUGAAUCUAUCGGUGAUGAUGAAUUAGAGUUUAUUGUCACGGUUGCACAAAACAGUAGCGGUGGGGCUCGCUUAAAACUGGCAAACAUUCCUUAUGAUGAGAUUCUCUGAAAGAAGGGUAAACAUUUGUACACACCAAACAACAUGCACAACAAUUUGUGCUUUUCACUGUGCAUAGCCCAUUCAUUAAACCCAACAUCCCCUGAGCAUGAAAAACAUGCUACUGCUAAACAGUUACAUGCUCAAGUAGGUCUAUGCGACACACAGACAGUAUCAUUCUUUGAUGUCUGCAAAUUUGAGAAGCACCUAAACAUUAAGAUAGUAAUCUAUUAUCAGGUAAACGUCAGCUUAGUUUCUUCACACAUGAUGAGCCAAAUCCAAACACUGUAAUGCUGUACCUACACAAUGAACACUAUCACCUGAUUGAAAAGCCAGCAGCUUUUCUCGGGGCAUCCUAUGUGUGUAAUUUUUGUUACAAUACAUAUGAAUCACUGCUCUAUCACAGCUGUAAACAUAGAUGCAACAUAUGUUUCACACUCUGUCACCACCACAGUGGUCCCACAGUGAAAUGCAGUGACUGUAACCGCGUCUGCAAAUCACAACACUGUUACCAACAACACAAAUUACCAGAAAUAAAACACAACAUGGUCCCGUGUGACAAUAUGAAGCAUUGCAUGAGUUGCGGUGUCACAUAUAAAGAAUCAAAAAAAUCACCACACAGAUGUGUCCAGCCUAAAUGCGAGCACUGCCGCGAGCCUAAAUUAGCAGGGGACUCUGAGCAUCAGUGUUUCAUACAGCCUGUUGAACAACAGAAACCUUGUGAUAAAUAUAUUUUAUAUGAUUUUGAGACACGGUAUCACAACGGCAAACAUGAGGCCAACUUUGUGUGUGCGUCUGAUCUGAAGGGCAACAAGUUCACAUUUAAUACAUUAAAAUGUGUGGAGGCGUUUGUGCAGCAUUACAGACGCCUGAGGUUUCGGGGGUACACUUUCAUAGCACAUAAUGCAUCUGGCUUUGAUAACUACAUACUUUUGGAGUACUUUGUCAAGCAAUGUAUAACACCUACCGUCACAAUGAGAGGGAGCCAUGUGAUUCUGAUGCAUGACAGGGACUAUGACCAGCGGUGGAUUGAUUCGUUCAGCUUUUUGCCCAUGGGUCUUGCCAAAAUACCCUCUGCUUUAGGUUUUCAAGACCUGCAGAAGGGUCAUUUCCCACACAGAUUCAACACUAGGGAUAAUGAGUAUUAUGUUGGUCCAUACCCAAACCCCUCCUUCUACGGCUAUGAGCGCAUGUCUGAAAGUGAUAAGGUGAGCUUCAUGGAAUGGUACCAGACCGCCUCACAGAAACCCUUUGAUUUUCAGACCGAACUCAAGCGCUACUGUGUUAACGAUGUUGACGUCCUGCGUAAAGCAUGCAGCAUUUAUCGUGACACGCUGCUGGAUUGUACACAGGUUGAUCCAUUCAUGCACACCACCCUGGCUGCAUUCAGUAUAGGUGUGUAUAAAACACUGUUUCUGCCUAGAGACACGCUCGCUCUCACGUAUGAUGGUGCAUACGUUGAGCAGAAUAAGACGUUUUCAAACGUCUCUAUUGAAUGGCUUCAAUAUGUGACCCACACAAACAACACAGUGAUAAAACACGCUCUCAGAGGAGGCGAGCAUAGGGUUGGACCGUAUUUUGUGGACGGCUUUGACCCCACAACUAACACGGCUUACGAAUUUGCAGGAUGUUUUCACCACGGGUGUGUUAAAUGCUACCCCGAGAGUGAAGUUAAUCCUGUCAGCAAAGCAUCCUAUGGACUGCUGCACCGUAUGUUUUGUGACAAAGUGGAUGCACUGAGAUCGCAAUACCAUUUGACCAUUGUUGUGAUGUGGGAGUGUGAAUGGGCUGCCCUGAAGCAGACAGACCCUGCAGUUGUGGCUUUCAUGCACACAUACAGAAGGCCAGAAUGCCUAAAUCCCCGAGACGCCCUUUUUGGCGGUCGCACAAAUGCUCUAAAACUGUACCACAAGGCUGCGUGUGAUGAAAAAAUAUUUUACUACGACUUCACCAGCCUCUAUCCCACAGUGCAAUCUAAAAAAGAUUAUCCUGUAGGACACCCUCAAAUCAUUUACAGCAACUUUGACAGGCUAGAAAAUUAUUUCGGCUUUGUUAAAUGCACAGUACUGCCACCAAGAGGGCUUUUUCACCCCGUCCUUCCCUACAGGUGCCACAGUAAACUGAUGUUUCCACUCUGCAGCAUGUGCGCUGAAGACCAGAAUCAGCUCACUGCCUGCGGGCACAGUGACAGUGAACGGGUGUUAAAAGGUACAUGGGUCUCAUUUGAGCUUGAAAAAGCUG